CUUAGUUUUGUUCCUUUGCGUCAUUGCUCCUGCUAUCCGCCCGCUUGCCUCGGCUAUAGCCCGUUGCUCUAAGCCUCGAACCCGGGCGCCCGACUCGAUAUACGGAACCUAGUCGCCCCGUCUUGUUCACCUCGAAUACCUACCCAUACGCCCCUCCAUGGUGCACCAAGCUCAGACGGCAUUUAGCUCUCCUGGACAAGCUGGCCACACCACACCUGAGCCACGGAGAUGUCGUGGAAGAAGUCCGAGAUGUUGAUGGACACUAUCCGGCACUAUGCCAGCUUCCCUGCAACGGGCGUGAGCUUGAGGCAAAUGGUCCAAUUCGGCGAGAAGCCGUCUACGGGUUCCCUCUUCCGAGCCUCACAGUUUCUGGCCGAGGAACUACCCAUCCGUCUAGCCCACCGGGUCCAGGAACUAGAUAGCCUACCCGAUGGACUCAAUGAGAUGCCGUCUGUGAAGAGGGUGCUCGACUGGUACGCACAAUCGUUUGAGGAAAUCACCACUCUUCCGCGCCCAGAACUGAAGAAAGACGUACGGGAACGACUGAUGCGACCCUCGAGGAACGGGGGAAAAAAUGCCGCGUGGCUCUCAGAAGCAACGCCGAACCCGAGCAUCGACGAAACACAAUAUAACCCGUGGCCAAUGGUGUCGCAGAACGGAAACGGCAAUGGGUGGGCUAAGAAGUACCAGGGAGCGAGGAGAUACUUUGCAAUGGUUGACGACACUGGAAACUGGCCACCCGAGCUACAGCUAUAUAACCAGAGGUUCGCUCAGACCCUACAUAAGAUCAAGAGGAGGCACGAUGGCGUCGUCACAACCAUGGCACAGGGCAUCCUGGAGUACAAGCGGAAGAGGCAACGGAUGCAGAUCGACAGCAACAUCCAGUCGUUCCUGGACCGCUUCUACAUGUCUCGGAUUGGCAUCCGCAUGUUGAUAGGCCAGCACAUCGCCCUGACCGACCAGAGCCACUACCGGGAUCCCAGCUACGUCGGCAUCAUUUGCACCAAGACGAACGUCCGAGACCUGGCCCAGGAAGCCAUCGAGAAUGCCCGCUUCGUCUGCGAGGACCACUACGGCCUGUUCGAGGCCCCCAAGGUCCAGUUGGUGUGCAACCCGAGCCUGAACUUUAUGUACGUGCCGGGCCACCUCUCGCACAUGCUCUUCGAGACGUUGAAGAACUCGCUCCGGGCGGUGGUGGAGACGCACGGGCAGGAUAAGGAGGAGUUCCCCGUCACCAAAGUCAUAGUGGCCGAAGGGAAGGAGGACAUCACCAUCAAGAUCUCGGACGAGGGCGGCGGGAUACCGCGGAGCGCCAUCCCGCUCAUAUGGACUUAUAUGUACACGACCGUCGACAGGACCCCGAAUCUGGACCCGGAUUUCGACAAGAGCGAUUUCAAGGCGCCCAUGGCCGGUUUUGGAUACGGACUGCCCAUCUCUCGCCUAUACGCCAGGUAUUUCGGGGGUGACCUCAAGCUGAUAAGCAUGGAAGGAUACGGCACCGACGUCUACCUCCACCUCAACAGACUCUCGAGCUCUUCCGAACCCCUCCAAUAGCAAUUAGCAGUCAUGAGGGGCACGACCACCCGAGGAUUGACGCUGACGAUGAAACACAAGCGGUUAAAGGGCAGGGAGGUCACCGAGCGGAGGCAGGUCGGCGACGCCGAGUCCUUGGUCAACCCGCAGGGGGUCGCCGGGUCGGUGCGCUCCCCUGGAGGCGAUAGCGAGUUGUAAGAAGAAGAAGCGAAGAUGAACAAAAAGCGGAAAGGUUGGGGGAGCGGGAUGGGGACGGGUUGUUCAUAUGGAUCUCUCGUUUUUACUUAUUUUCUCCUCUUUUUUUGGGAAAGCAUUCAAACGCAUGGGGCGGACAGGGUCGGAUUUGGGCGGCUUUUUUAUUAUCGUCUGUCGCCCCCUUUUGGACACGGUCAAAUGGAAAGGUGGAUAGGAGAGCAACCUCAUUCA